GGUAUUCGCUCAAGGCAGUACCUGGGGCUCCAGCGGAAUUUGCAUUCAUCCCCAUUGUAAACAAAUACAGAGAGAAAUAGGCAGAUGAUGGAAACACGUGUUGGAGGAGAAGCCUGCAGGCUGGGGACUUCCUUUUGCGUUUUGCAUUUUUGUGGUCUGAUAGCAGCCAGUGAGUAAAAGCCUCUGCUUGAAACUUUCAAGAAUCCAGACACUUUGCUGAAUGCAGCUUGCAACUUGAGAGAGACGUUCUCCAAACCAUUCAGGGCUGUUCGCUCUUCCGAUGCUGACGGAUUUUGAAUCAUAGUUUGAUAUAUUUUUUAAAAAACUUCAGAAGAAACCCUAACAAAGUGUGUUAUGUGGGAACUCUGAAUAUUGGUUAUUCAAUUUUAGGGAAAACCAGGUAUUUAUCAUGAAAGCAGCGUAAAGCGUCAAAACACCGGUACCAUCUUAUUAGCUUACUGGAAGUGAGGACAUUGUUUCCCAUUUAUUUUAAUGAGCCGCUUCGCCGCCAAAAUGAAAGACGACUACAGUGAAGAAGAGGAAGUGCAUUCUAUGGGUUACAAGAGGUUUGGAAUCCAGGAAGGGCCUCAGUGUAAUCGAUGUAGAAAUAACUGGGCACUGAAAUUUGCUAUUCUGCUGCUCUAUGUCCUGUGUGCCAUGCUGACCAUUACUGUAGCCAUCCUGGGAUAUAAAGUUGUACAGAGAAUGGACACUGUGACCGAAGGAAUGGAAACAUCACGAAAGAGUUAUACAGAGAAACUAACUGCAGUCGAGACGGAUCUGAAGAAAUUAGAUGACCAGACUGGUGUGAAAGAUGAAAGUACCACGACAGAACUGUCUAAAUUCAAAACAGAUAUCCAGUUUCUUCAGAACCAACUUGAUGACAUUGCAGACAAAGCUUCCAAAAACAAACUUUCACUGGACAAGCUACAAGAGACUGAGCAAUCAAUGACAACCAACCACAACGCUCUGAAAACUUUGUUGGAUAGCAACUCAAGAUCUAUCAGAGACAUAAACCAGACUUUAUUGACAUACAGUAGUUACAUUACUAACUUGGAAGAACUCUCUGAUAAUCUGCAAAAUGACAUACAAAGGCAAACCAAGUCUCAGAGCAAUGCAGUGAUAAAUCUCAGUCAGUUAAAUCAGACACAGAUCCAGCAAAGAGAUUUAUUCAAUGCAUUGCAAAAAUCUGUUGAUGAUACCAGUCAGUCCAUCCAGAAAAUAAGGAAUGAUUGGCAGGCUCUCCAACACACUAUGCUUCAAGCACAAAAAGACACAGACUGGCUGAAAGAGAAACUGCAAUAUCUACAAUUGCAAGCAAUGAACAACUCAAUCAUGGUGACUGGUAAUAGUGAUACUUUGGAAGAUAUGAGUAAUCAGCUAAACACUCUGAGUUCACAGAUGGGAAAUACCAGUUUCAUGGCUAACAUUCACGAAGAGAGUCUCAGGGAUCUGCAGCAGUUUCAAAAAGCUCAUGAAAACAAAACGUCUGCCAGUUUUGAACAACUUGAAGUGCGCAUGGAUGUAAAUGAGAGAGAUAUCAGUAGUAUUAUAGGGAACAUCAGUUGGACUGUGCAACAUCUUCGUUCAUUGACAAGCAAUUUGAAUGAUAUAAAAACCACUUGCACCAAUACAUUAAAUCAACAUGCGGACCAACUGACAAUCCUGACCAAUGAUAUGGACAGUGUCCAAACAGACAGCUCUCUCCUCAAAGCACAGCAAGGUAUAAUGAAGGCCAGGUUGGAUAUUGAGAUUGGCAACUUGUCUAUGAUCAUGGAAGAAAUGAAACUUGUCGACACAAAGCAUGCUCAGCUGAUUAAAAACUUCACAAUUCUUCAAGGUCCUCCUGGCCCAAGAGGUCCGAAAGGUGACAAAGGAAUACAAGGACCAAGUGGCACAAGAGGAGCCAGAGGACAAAAAGGGGAUCGCGGAGAAGUCGGAAAACCUGGACCGAUGGGUCCAAAAGGUUCUGGAGGCCCUCCUGGAUCAAGAGGAGAGAAGGGAAGUCAAGGAUAUAGAGGCCCUCCUGGCAUAAAAGGACAAAAAGGUUCAAAUGGAAGACCUGGUGCAGCAGGAGCUAAAGGGAGCAUGGGACUGCCGGGUCUAGAUGGACCUGUUGGCAAACUAGGUCCAUCAGGACUACCAGGGCAACCAGGUCAACCAGGAGCACCAGGAGCUACAGGGCCCCCAGGACCAAAAGGCCCCCCAGGACCAAAAGGCCCUCCUGGUCCACCAGGCCCUCCAGGUCCCAUAGGACUAAUAAACCAAGCUCCGACUCUUCCUCCAAAACCAAAUGGUUGUCCUCCUAAAUGGAAGAAUUUUAAGGAUAAAUGUUAUUAUUUCUCUGUUGAUCUUGUCGAAUUUGAAGAAGGAAAUAAUAUGUGCAAAAACAUGUCAUCCAACAUGAUUAUAAUUAAUAACAAUGAAGAACAGCAAUGGGUUGGAAAACAAAUACGUGGAAUAAAUUACUACUGGAUUGGUCUGUCAGACACUGAAGAGCACAAUGUAUGGAAAUGGGUGGAUGGAACUGUUGCAGAAUACACAAACUGGAGGCCAGGGCAACCCGAUAACUGGCAACAUGAAACAGCAACAGAAGAUUGUGCUGGCUUGGCUACAGGUGCAUUGUGGAACGACUUCUUCUGCACAGACCUCAAUGGUUUGAUUUGUGAAAAGAGUGUCGACAAAGGUCAACUUAAAGCGUGAUUCUCCUGAGUAGCCUAAAGAGCACAUCCAGAGACAUUUCCAGACCAGUUUCAGAGGUGGUCAUCAGUUUCAGGCCUUCGAUUACCAAAGGAAGCUUCUGAUCUGCGUCAUUAACCUAGCUUCCCAAACAUCAUUUCCUCAUGCCGGGCUUUUGAAGUUAGAUCUUCAGCCCACUUUAACUUUUAAUUUGAAGUUAGCCCAAAACUUAAUUCUUUAAAGAAUAUCUAUUAUUCAAUAACAAUUAUUGUUUAUGGAAGGUGAAAUAAGCAAGAAAAUAUAUUGCAAAAUCCAAGAGUCCUUUUUUUUUGUUUUAUUUUCCUUAAAUACUUAUGACAGUAUAAGAAAAUUUAUACAUUAACACUAGUGUUUAAAAAAUAUUUACCAUUCUGCAUAGUAACAGACAUACACACAGCUUUCCAGUUUUCACGAAUGUUUCUACUGAAACAUCUGUGUUGAGUUUACAAUGAAAUUUUUUAAAAUUCCCCUAUUAUCAACUAAAAUACCAAAUAUAUGGUGUAGGAACAGGAUUUGAAUUGGAUCUCAUUUUGUUACCUUCCAGUUGCUGUAGAGAUGACUUCUUAAAUGUUUGAUCACAAAAGUAAGAGAAAACUAUUGCUCAUCUGCUUAAGUAAUUUUACUUUCAUUGGACAAAAAUAAUUUCACCCGAAAGCAGAAUGUGUUAAGAGUAUACUUACAAAUGCAAAUGUUACAGUUCAAUGGGAAGGGAAUUACUGUGCUUUCUGAUCAUGAAGGUCCAUUUUGACAUCAGUAGCUGGACAUCCCAGAAGGGAAGUAAAAAAGGCACCACUUUCUUUAUAUUUAAGCAAUGUCACUGGAACAAAAGAAACCAAUCAUGUAAACUACUGCCCUACACAACCUUUUGACUUGCAUGAAAUGCAAUCCUAUGUGAUCUAUAAUUAUUCCCAUUUUAAACUAACCUAAGGAUUUACACUAACAAUUAAACCCUAUUUAAGAGUCUACCAUGACCACUAAUUAAAUAUUCAAAACAUUUAAUCAGUCAAUAUUUGCAAAACACUUACGCAGUAAUGCUCAGCCGUCAACUGCCGAUGGAGUCAGCGAUGUAAAAUAUAAAGAUCCUUUCAAUUCAUAUUUGCAAAAACUGUAUGAGAUAGUAACUAGUUUUGUGCCACACUUUGUUUAAAUAGUCACAUAACAAAACAGAAUACAAUUAAUUAAGAUUAAAUUACAUUCUGUUAUUCUCAGUCAUUCCAUCUUAUGAAAGGUUUGAUUUCAAUUCUGAUCCAAUAUUUUGAAAAAAACUAUUUUUCACCUAUUUAGAUUUGAAGAAGAAGAAUGAUCCCAAAACAAAUUUUAUUAGUUACUUGGUUACAAAUCAGUUUUAAAAUAGCAAUUAGACUGAGGCAAUCAAGUCAGAUCGUGGAUUACAGUGCUUUGCAAUUUUCUUAUUUUAAACUUGCCAUAUUAGGAAGCUACCAAGCAGAACACAGUACUAUCCCACAAAGGCAGGGGGCUGAAGUCAUUGAUCUGGCUGUCCACACUCAAACAUCUGUGGCAACUAGUUAUAGAGCAGUACUGGCUCAGUCUGAGGAGGAGAUUGCAAGUCCAUUCACUCAGCCAGAGAAAGUAAGUGAAAAGGGAAAUUAAAGUAAUUGCAAUUAAAGAGAAAAUAGGUUUUGUUACAUCAUUAUCGAAAGCAAAUGUCAUAUGACAGUGUUUUUAAACAUUCCUUUAAGAGAGUCAAUUAAAAGCCAUGCACCAUAGUCAGUUUUUGCUUUAAGUAACUUCAAUGGGCUCAGCACAUGGAUAUGUAUUACCUUACUGCCAAAUACAUCUGUAAUAACUAAAACUAAAACAAAACCAAAAUGAAUUGUGAAAUAAAAAUAAUUUUGUUUAAA